AUGUCGAUUAACAGCGAGGAACUUAACUACUUGGUCUGGCGAUACCUCCAAGAGUCGGGUUUUGCCACCACUGCCUUCCUGCUUCAGGAUGAGUCGCGCUGCGACCGACUUGAUGAGCAGUACGCGCCCUACAUCCCCGCAGGUUCCCUUGUGAACUUGACGCAGCGGGGUAUCCUCUACUGCGAAGCCGACGAGCUUGUGGACGAUAAGGGCCACAUUGCCGAUAACACAGACACGAUAAACAAGUUCACGCUCGUGCGGGCGUUGAUGAAGGACCAGGAGUUGCCGACGGAGCUCACACAGCGCGACAUGACACCCCACUACGCCAAAACAGAAACCAACGAGCCAGAUGUACCAGUACAAGAGGAGAAAACCACCGACGACUUUAUCCAGGUAAUUGACAGCACGUUCACGUUCCCGGCAGCCACCGCAGCGCAGUGGAACCCCGUUUCGUCGGCGCCGGUGCUCGCGUAUGCCAGCUCAACCGCUCAGAUCUGCGUCGUGCCCCAUGCGGACACGCUUCUUACACUCGCGCACCCGCUUGCGCAGUCUAUCAGCUGCUGCGCAUGGGCCCCUAAUGGUGGGCUCCUUGUGACGGCACAGGAGUCGGGCGAGUUGCGCUUGUGGAGCACCGACGGGAAGUUGCGCAACGUGUUCUUCUUGCACCAUCUCCCGGUGGUGACGGUCAAAUGGAGCGAAGAUCUGAAACACAUUGCCAGUUUCGAUGUGGGAGGCAAGCUUAUUGUCUGGGACAUUGCCAAUGCCAGUGCCAUCUACCAGUCCACCCUCUCGGAGCAAAAGGAGGCUCCGGGGAUCGAGAUUUGCUGGCUCGAUCCGUCAAAGUUGGCAUUCCCAGCCGAGAAUUACACCAUCAACAUCCUCACCUUGGUACCCACUCCAGCGGUCAUCACCACUCUUGUUGCCCACACCGUCACCAUUUCCGCGCUCACGUACGACCCGCGCGGUAAGCGGUUGAUUUCAAGCUCGGACGACGGACAAAUCUGUCUCUGGUCCGGCCAUUCGACGUCCCCGGUGCAGAUCAUCAAGGCCCACUCGCAGCCUGUGGUGUACGCGGAGCCGUUUUCCGACGAUUUGAUCUUGAGCGCCAGCUUGGACGGCACGGUCAAGGUGUGGAACUCCCGGGGCAUCCAGGUGGGUCUCGGGUUGAAUGACAUUGGUAUUUCGUGCGCGGAGAUGUCGCAAGAUUCCAGAUGGUUGGCCACCGGGAGCAUUGACGGGGAUGUGAAGAUCUGGGAUUUGUCCAGCAUC